AUGGGGCUGCCCGCGCUCGAAUUCAGUGACUGCUGCCUCGACAGCCCUCACUUUCGAGAGACGCUGAAGUCGCACGAAGCGGAGCUAGACAAGACCAACAAAUUCAUCAAGGAGCUCAUCAAGGACGGGAAGUCUCUCAUCAGCGCGCUCAAGAAUUUGUCUUCAGCGAAGCGGAAAUUUGCAGACUCCUUAAAUGAAUUUAAAUUUCAGUGCAUAGGAGACGCAGAAACAGAUGAUGAAAUGUGUAUAGCAAGGUCUUUACAGGAGUUUGCCACUGUCCUCAGGAAUCUUGAAGAUGAACGGAUACGAAUGAUUGAGAAUGCCAGUGAAGUGCUCAUCACUCCCUUGGAGAAGUUUCGAAAGGAGCAGAUUGGGGCUGCCAAGGAGGCCAAAAAGAAGUAUGACAAGGAGACAGAGAAGUAUUGUGGCAUCUUAGAAAAGCACUUGAAUUUGUCUUCCAAGAAGAAAGAGUCUCAGCUUCAGGAGGCAGACAGCCAAGUGGACCUGGUUCGGCAGCAUUUCUAUGAAGUAUCCCUGGAGUAUGUCUUCAAGGUGCAGGAAGUCCAAGAGAGGAAGAUGUUUGAGUUCGUGGAGCCUCUACUGGCGUUCUUGCAAGGACUCUUCACUUUUUAUCACCAUGGUUAUGAACUGGCCAAGGACUUCAAUGACUUCAAGACGCAGUUGACUAUCAGCAUACAGAACACAAGAAAUCGCUUUGAAGGCACCAGGUCGGAAGUGGAAUCCCUGAUGAAGAAGAUGAAGGAGAAUCCCCUUGAGCACAAGACCAUCAGUCCUUACACUAUGGAAGGGUACCUCUAUGUCCAGGAGAAACGUCAUUUUGGAACUUCCUGGGUGAAGCAUUACUGUACAUAUCAACGGGAUUCCAAACAAAUCACCAUGGUACCAUUUGACCAAAAGUCAGGAGGAAAGGGGGGAGAAGAUGAAUCAGUCACCCUCAAAUCCUGCACACGGCGGAAAACAGACUCCAUUGAGAAGAGGUUUUGCUUUGACGUGGAAGCAGUAGACAGGCCCGGGGUUAUCACCAUGCAGGCAUUGUCUGAAGAAGACCGAAGGCUCUGGAUGGAAGCCAUGGAUGGCAGGGAACCUGUCUACAACUCAAACAAAGACAGCCAGAGCGAAGGGACUGCACAGUUGGACAGCAUUGGUUUCAGCAUCAUCAGGAAAUGCAUCCAUGCUGUGGAAACCAGAGGGAUCAAUGAGCAAGGGCUCUACCGAAUUGUGGGGGUCAAUUCCAGAGUGCAGAAGCUGCUGAGCGUCUUGAUGGACCCCAAAACAGCUUCUGAAACCGAAAUGGAUAUCUGCGCUGAGUGGGAGAUAAAGACCAUCACUAGUGCUUUGAAGACCUACCUAAGAAUGCUUCCAGGGCCACUCAUGAUGUACCAGUUUCAAAGAAGUUUCAUUAAAGCAGCAAAGCUGGAGAACCAGGAGUCUCGGGUCUCUGAAAUCCACAGCCUUGUUCAUCGGCUCCCAGAGAAAAAUAGGCAGAUGUUACAGCUGCUCAUGAACCACUUGGCAAAUGUUGCUAACAACCACAAGCAGAAUUUGAUGACAGUGGCAAACCUCGGCGUGGUAUUUGGACCCACCCUGCUGCGUCCUCAGGAAGAAACUGUAGCAGCCAUAAUGGAUAUCAAGUUUCAGAACAUAGUCAUCGAGAUCCUAAUAGAAAAUCAUGAAAAGAUAUUUAACACCGUGCCAGACACGCCCCUCACCAAUGCCCAACUGCACCUGUCUCGGAAGAAGAGCAGUGACUCCAAACCCCCGUCCUGCAGCGAGAGGCCCUUGACACUCUUCCACACCGUGCAGUCAACAGAGAAACAGGAACAAAGAAACAGCCUCAUCAACUCCAGUUUGGAAUCUGUCGUCUCUUCAAAUGCGAACAGCAUCCUCAAUUCCAGCAGCAGCUUACAGCCCAACAUGAACUCCAGUGACCCAGACCUGGAUGUGCUCAAACCCACCCGGCCCAACUCACUCCCCCCGAAUCCAAGCCCAACUUCACCCCUCUCGCCAUCUUGGCCCAUGUUCUCGGCGCCAUCCAGCCCUAUGCCCACUUCAUCCACGUCCAGCGACUCAUCCCCCAUCAGCACACCAUUCCGGAAGGCAAAAGCCUUGUAUGCCUGCAAAGCAGAACACGACUCCGAGCUCUCAUUCACAGCAGGGACGGUCUUCGAUAAUGUGCAUCCGUCCCAGGAGCCUGGCUGGUUGGAGGGGACUCUGAAUGGAAAGACAGGCCUCAUACCCGAGAACUACGUGGAGUUCCUGUAA